AUGGACGAAAGGCAAAUAAUUGCUGUAAGGGAGCUGAGGAAGCAGUUACAGGAAAUAGAAGAUGCUCUAGCCGCCCAAGAGAAGCUCUUGCAUGGGCGAAACCAAGGAAUGGCAACCCUUUCAUCACGUAUCGCUGAAACCACAAAUUCUGUAGAGGAGAGUGAAAAGGAAUUAAGAGUGGCUCAAGAACAUUUUGAGGAUGCAGAAAGAGAGAACAAUGUGGUGCGAUCAGAACGAGUAAGAAUUACUCAAAUAUCCGAGAACCAUCUUCAACGUGAUAUAUACGUGAGGGAAAUCUCAGAAGCUGAUGAAGGUCUAAGAGAAAUACAAAGUCAACUUGAGAGUAUUGGGGAUCAAGUAGAAAUACUAAAUGGGACUCAUGAAGAUGCAAAUACCAGAAAGAGACUUACCUUGGUGAGUCUCAUCUCAAUGUUAGACAAUCUUCAUGCUUCUUUGACUCGCAGUGUUCAGUGUGUUUCGUAUGAGGAAGAUAAUAGAGCACGAGAAGUUCUUAAAGCUUUGCGAGAGCUAUCACGAGAGCGUGAAAAGGCAUUUGGAUACUGUUUAAGAAAGAAACGUGAAGUUGCAGCUAUUAUUGAGCUAAAAAAGCAGCGAACAAAUGAACUUGUACUUGAUUCUCAAAAAAACCUAUCGUUACUGCGUGAGAAUCAGGAAAAGACAACUCUUGGUGUUGUUGAAGAAAUACAAGCGGAACGUAAAAUGCUUCAAGAAGAGAUUGAAAGUAUUCAAAGUGCAAAUCAGAAGCUCUGGGACACACUUCGUUAUACCAAAUAUUCCUCUGAUACUGUUCAGAGUGGUGACCACAAACGAGAAGCUGCAGUCUCAGCAAAUGAUGCUUUACAAGGUUCUCCUGAUUUGGAAAUAGAAAAAGAUCAUCUCCGUGAACAGUUAAAACUGUUUGAUGCCAAGAAAAACAAACUUCAUCGGAUGACAGAAGAACUAAGGAGUAGUACGAAUGCGGAAAUGGAAAAAAAGACACAGAAAUUAAGAGAUCUUCGGCGUGAAGUUCAUGUUCAGCAACGAGAAAGCAACAAAAUUGAAGGAGAAAGCCGGAAGCUUAAAUCUCUGUGUGAUUCCUUGGUAGCGUCACUUGGAGAGGGACGCUAA